AAGGUCGCCGAGCUCACUCCACCUCCUUCGUCUCCUAGAGGUUAAGAGAGAGCAAGGGCAAAGCCCCAGGUGCUGGGUCCUACUCGGCCUCCCAGAGAAGAUGAAGCUCCUCCUGUUCCUGCUGGCCUUCUCUCUGCCCCCCAGGACAAAGGCAGGGGAGAUCAUCGGGGGACAUGAGGCCAAGCCCCACUCUCGACCCUACAUGGCUUAUCUUGUCAUCAAGGACGGAGAUAUUACUCAGAUGUGUGGUGGCUGCCUCAUACGAGAGGAUUUUGUGCUGACUGCUGCUCACUGUAAAGGGAGCAAAAUAAUUGUCACCUUGGGGGCCCACAACAUUGAAGAACAGGAGGAGACCCAGCAGAUCAUCCCUGUGGCAAGAAUCAUCCCACAUCCUGCCUAUAAUGAACAGAAAAAACUCAAUGACAUCAUGCUCUUAAAGCUGGAGAAGAAGGCCAAGAGGACUAAAGCUGUGAGGCCCCUCGACCUGCCCAGGCGCAAGGUCUAUGUGAAGCCAGGGGAUGUGUGUUCUGUGGCUGGUUGGGGAAGGAUAGCCCCUGGGGGCAAAUUCUCAAACACACUACAAGAGGUGGAGCUGGAAAUACAGAAGGAUCAGGAGUGUGAGUCCCACUUAGAAGAUUACUACAACAAAACCAAUAAGAUUUGUGCAGGGGAUCCAAAGAUCAAGAGAGCUUCCUAUAAGGGGGAUUCUGGAGGACCUCUCUUGUGUAACAAAGUGGUUGCAGGCAUCGUCUCCUAUGGACGUAAGGAUGGUUCAGCACCAAGAGCCUUCACCAGAGUGUCAGGUUUCCUAUCCUGGAUAAAGAAAAUGAUGGAACGCAGCUAACUCCAGAGCAAA